CAGCCGCAGUGAUCAUCAACUCGCGAAGGCUCUGCGUUGAUUUGACAAAACACAGUUCGAACCGGUGGUAAACGUUCUCAAACAACGCCUUCUCCUUUUGUUGCGCGAAGAGGAAGUUCGGAACUUCAACGAACAGUUUCCGAAUGAAUAGAACAACAACGUUGGCACGUCUAUAACAUAAGCAGGCCGAGAUCGUUGCUUGGAUGGCGAUGACGACGUGAAGAGAGGGGCAGCACAAUGGAGGAUUUCCGGCAGACGUACUUACGCCUGUGCGAGGAGAGAGGCGUGGAGCCCCAAGAGAGCGUGAUGGCGAAACUGCAGGAAUGCAGGGCUUCCCGCCUGGAUGUGAGUGGGCUGAGUCUGUCCGCAGAUACCUGCACACUGCUCGCCCGCGCUUUUCAAAAAGACACUCGCUUCUCGGAGGCGUCGCUCAGUGACUGCAUGCUCGGUGACGAAGGUGCCAAAGUUUUCCUGACUGGUCUUUUUUACAAUACAACCCUUAAAGUCUUGAAUCUAAAGGGAAAUAACUUGAAAUCAGCAGGGGCCGAGGUGUUGGGAAAGUUGUUGGCACGUAACAAUACGCUGACCCGGUUAGUGCUCGACUGGAAUGCACUGGGAGUGUGGGAUGAAGCCUUCCCUAUCUUUUGCGAGGGUUUGGGCUCCAACAGCGGGCUUACGCAUCUCGACCUGCGUAACAAUCAGAUCAACCACCGUGGGAUGUCGGCGCUCGCUCAGACUCUUAAACGCAACAGCAGCCUGAAAGUACUCGUGUUGACAGAUCUGAGGUGGAACAACAUCGGGCUCCUGGGCGGCAGGUGUCUCCUCGAGGCUUUGCAAAGCAACCACAAUGUUGAGCAAUUGGAGCUGGCAGGGAACAACAUACCCAGCGACACACUCAAAGCGCUCGAGCAUAUUGUAGGACGCAACACAGAUCGACAAUCCACCUUGAGGGAAAGCCACAGCAGAACCCAGGUCCUCACCAAAGAGAUUCUGAACUUGAAGCAGGAGAAGGGGCGUCAGUUCCAAAACUUGAUGGUGACCAUCGACAGGCAGAGGGAGGAGAUGGGACAGUCGAGUCGGUGCACUUCCAUACAUAUCAGCCAACUCCAGGAAGCUUUAAAUGAGAGGAAGUCGGCCGUCAAAUCGCUCACUGCCAAGUGGCAGAUGACGGAGGCCGCCCUUGCGCUCUCCGAACAGAAAAACCACAGCCUGGCUGAGCUGAUAGCAAGACUCAAGGUCGACAAGGAGCAACACACGGAGGCGCGCAGCAGGGAAAAGAAAAAAGAACACGAGGACAGCGUUUCCAGAGAAGGAAAGCUUCUCCGAGAGAUCCAAAACCUAACAGACGCCAACGUCCAACUGAAGAAUAAGGUGGAGGAGGUGGAGCGCAAGUGCAAGUCCCAGCAGCAUCAGCUUUUUGAGCUGAAGCAGGAACUGACCAACAGCACAGCUGAACUGAAGCUUAAACUAGCACAGGCAGAAGACCGCUUGGAAAUUGAGAAGCGAAGGUUCAAGCAAGGCCUGGAAGACAUGGAUCAUCUUCGACAAAGAGAGGUUGAACAUGUUCAUCGGCAUUUAGAGGACAGCGAGAAAGCCCUACAGGAACGUAUCUUCAAACUGGAAGGACAACGAAUUCAACUCGAGGAGGACUUGAGCAAGGCUAAAGCAGCACUUGUGGCAGAGAGAUCCCAGGCAGAGGAGCAACUGAGUAAAGCGUGUGCCCAAGCACGCCAGGAAGAGCACGAACAUGUGCUAUCAUUGGAGGAGAAGCUUCGCUCGGUGCGUUCCUCCUUGCAGGAGGUCCAGCUGCACUUUUCCCAACAGAAACAGAUGAUCUCUGAGCAGCAGGCCAAGAACUCUCAAUUGACCAUCGAGACAGACGGCCUGCGUCGUAGAAUAGAGGAGCUCCGGCAGGAAUUGUCCGGGAAGGACCAGGAGAAGGUGGCCGAGGUGAGUCGGGUGAGGUUGGAGCUCCAGGAGCAGAUUGGCCACUUGGAGGCUGAGAGGAUUGCGCAAGGAGGACUGAAAGAGAAGAUCAGUGCCCUCGAGAGAGAGAUUAAAGUACUGAGCAGCAAUCACCGAGAGGCGCUGCUCGACAAAGACGGCGAGAUGUCGUCUCUGCUGGAGAAGCUCCGACUGAAAGAGGCAGAGAUCAAGAGGAUGAGGGACGAUGAAGCCCAAAGAGCGACCUAUCUACAGAAUGCCAUCCUCACCUAUGUUCAAGGCUCCCCUCUGGCGCACUACGGCAGCCCGAAGAAAUGAAACCCCAAUUCUUAGCCCUUACCGACAGAGAGUAUUGAAGUGUUCUUGACGCCGCAAAGCGGCGCUAAUUCCAACUGUGCUUUUUUUUGUCUUCCUUCAGAUCGACUACUUUUGUACUAUUUGUACACAUUGUGCUUGUUUGUCUUUUCUGAAAAUCACGAGACGUUGGCGUGCUACGUCCUAUGAAUGCAUCUGUUGUCAGGGUGUGACUCCCUUUUCACGAGUCUGGAAGGAUAAUAGAAUUAUUUGAGAAAGAUGAACAUGUUCAUGGCACACUGUCAAAUAUGAGGAACACAAUUUCUAGUUGUUUUUUUUUUUUUUUAUAUAUAUAUAUAUAUAUAUAAACUGUUUUCUAUAUUUUUGCUGUUUUUAAACUCUUAUACCACUUUCGUUGAGACUAAUUUAGCCUUUUAAUUGUGUCUGUCAAAUCAGAAGGCAGUUCACACACGCAGCUGCAAAUAAAGGCCGGAUGCACGUGA